AUGAUAAUAAAUACAAUUGAAGAUUUAUCAAAUGAUAUUUUCUAUGAAAUAUUUGAAUAUCUUUAUUUUAAUGAUAUUCAUAAAGCAUUUUCAAAACUUAAUAAUCGGUUUCAACAAUUCACUCAUUUAUCAUAUUCAAAAUAUAAUAUUUUAAUUGAUUAUACAUCAAAUGAAAAACGAACAUUGAAACAAUUAAAAAGAAUAUCUUCAAUUAAUAAAAAUCAAAUCUUUUCUCUUUCUAUUUGGACAUGGAUAAAUAAUAAUCAAAUAUUAUCAUCAUUUAAUUUCAAUUCAUCAUAUUCAAAUCUUCAAUAUCUUAUAUUAAAUUAUCUACAAGCAAAUAGUAUUCCUAUUAUUCUUCAUCAAUUAAUUGAUUUACCUCGUUUAUAUUCAUUAACAAUUCAAACAGAAGAAAAAUUAAAAACAUUUGGUAAAAUUUAUCAAUUAGUUUUUAAUUUACCAAAUCUAAAAUAUUUUCAAUGUCGUGCAGAAGAAUCAACAGAUUCUAAUAUUAAUAAAUCUUUACCAAUUGCUUUAUCUCAACAAAUAACAUCAAUUAAACAAUUAAUUAUAAAUCAUCCAUGUAAUUUCAAACAACUUAUUCAUCUUUUAUCUUAUACACCAAAACUUCAAUAUUUAGAAUAUUUAAAUUUAAAUGAUAAUAUAACAAAUCUAAAUAUUCUUGUUUCAAUUCAAUUAUUAAAUUUAACAUCUCUUUCAAUUCGAUCUUCUCAUACGAUGUUUGAUACACUUGAAAUUUAUCUUGAUCAAUUUGAAUUUAAUUUAAAAAUAUUUUCAAUAGAUAUUCAUAUCUAUGAUCAAAAUUAUUUAAAUGCUCAACGAUGGGAAUUAAUUCUUCAAAGAAAUUUUCCACAAUUAGAAGAAUUUUAUAUGAAAUAUACAAAUAAUUUUGAUGAUAAUCAUCAACCAUUAUUAUAUACUGGUCAAUCAAAUGAAUUUUCUUCUCUAUUUUGGAUUCAACGACAAUGGUUAUUAGAUAUUCAAAUAGAAUUUGAUUGUAUAACUUAUUCUAUUCAUCCAUAUAAAAAACGAUGGUUUGAAUACAAUGAACAAGAAAGAAUUGAUUUAUCUAAAUCUAAACAACUUAUUCUAAAUGACGUAUCUCUAGAAAGAUCGUAUCAAACAUUAACUAUUCAUCAUUAUAUAAAACAAGUUAAAUCUGUUACACAUAUUGAUCAUCUUUCUAUUAACACACAAAUAUUUGUUAUUAAAUUAAUUGAAAUUUUACAAUUAUUACCUGAACUUGAUUCAUUAAAACUUUCAUCUAAGAUAUCAUUUCAAAAACCAAGAAAAGUACAUCAUAAUGAAUUAUUAAAUAUAUUUUGUUCAAUAAAUCGAAUUAAUAUAACAAAACUUUAUCUUGAAAAGAUUCGUCAAAUGAAAGAUAUUUCUUUCUUUCUUACAAUUUGUCCAUUAAUUAAACAAAUUCAUAUUAAUAAUUUAUAUAAAAUAAAUAUUCAAUCAUUUCUACGAUUAAUCUUAACACAAAUUAAAAAUCAAUUAAGAUUUCAAAAUCUUCGAUUAUUAUCUAUUCGUUUACCGAUAAUUGAUGAUAAAAUCAUAUUUAAAUUAAAACAAAUAAUUCAAAAUGAAUAUUUACUUAAUGAUUUCACAAUAAAACGUAUUGAAGAAAUAGUUUUUCUAGAAUGGAAAUAG